AACCUGCAGGGGGACUUCCGAAAUUGUCUGAUUAAUUCCUUUACGCACCGCGAAGCUUGUUUGUAAAGCUGGCAACUGGAGAGACCUGCCGUUAUUAAUUACAUUUGUUUAACCAGCUUUCCAUUAUAAAUGAAAGGACUGAAUGAUUGAAACUAAUUGUCAUUAUAUAAUCUGAACUUUUCGUCUUGCCUAAAAUGGCUGUGGAAGGUAUCCUGGCUGUUUCCUUUUCAGCUAGAUGUUGCCUCCUGAUUUUGAUUGUUUGCACGUCUUGUAUGGCAAUGCCUAAGACUGUACGAUACCAGACUUAUGAAGAAGAAGCGAAGGGAACCGUUAUUGGCACACUGGCUGAAGAUCUGCAUCUGAGCACCCCAGAAGGCACCAGUUUCCGCUUAAUGAAGCAGUUCAACACCUCUCUGAUCUCAGUGCGAGAAAAAGAUGGGCAGUUAAUAAUUGGCGACCGCAUAGACAGAGAGCAGCUCUGCAAAAAGUCAUCUCAUUGCAGCAUUGCCUUCGAUGUUGUGAGUCUUUCUAACGAACAAUUUAAACUGAUCCACGUGGAGGUGGAAGUCAGAGACAUUAAUGAUAAUUCUCCUACAUUUCCAAACCCCGAGAUUUCGAUUCAGGUAUCAGAAAGUACUGUUGUAGGUACCAGAAUCCCAAUAGAUAUCGCAGUGGAUGAUGAUGUUGGGUCCAAUUCAGUUCAGAGCUUCCAGAUCUCGGUUAACGGUCAUUUCAGUAUUGAAGUGCAGACAAGAGCCGAUGGGGUAAAAUAUGCAGACCUUGUGCUAAUAAGAGGACUGGACCGAGAGGCUCAAACUUCACAUAUGUUGCAACUAGUUGCCAAGGAUGGAGGUAAUCCUCCUCUGUCCGGCACCACAAAUAUUUACAUCCAAGUCAGUGACUCUAAUGAUAAUAGCCCUGUCUUUGGUCAGAGUUCAUACAAAGUGGAGGUGAACGAGGAUGCACCUGCAGGAUACCUCCUUAUUGAUCUGGACGCUAUCGAUUCAGACGAGGGUUUGAACGGGGAGAUAGUCUAUGGUUUCGGCAGUCAGGUACCGACAGAGAUCCGAGAGGUGUUCCAGAUAGACCAGCAAUCUGGUCGUUUAACUCUGAGAGGACAGCUUGAUUAUGAAACUAAACAGAACUAUGAGCUGGAUAUUCAGGCUCAAGAUCUAGGGCUCAACCCGGUUCCAAGUACCUGUAAAGUCAUGGUGCAUGUCAUUGACGUAAACGACAAUGCCCCAGAGAUUACAAUCACUCCUAUCACUUCUAUCGGCGCUGGAGUUGCCUACAUUACAGAAGCGGCAGCAAAAGAAAGCUUUGUAGCUCUAAUCAGCACCUCGGACAGGGACUCAGGCGUCAAUGGGCGCGUUCAGUGCAGACUGUAUGGUCACGACCAUCUCGGUUUGCAACAGGCCUAUGAAGAUAGCUAUAUGGUGCUGACCACUGCCCCUCUUGAUCGAGAAAGGAUCCCCGAAUAUAACUUAACGGUAGUGGCCGAAGACUUGGGUUCGCCACCCUUUAAAACUAUUGCCCAAUUUACCAUCCGUGUAGGAGAUGAGAAUGAUAAUGCGCCUCUCUUCUCCAAAUCCCUAUACGAAGUUUCAAUCUUGGAAAACAAUGUACCGGGCGCUUACAUAACAACAGUUGUGGCAAGAGACCCUGAUCUGGGACAUAAUGGCAAGGUAAUUUACAAACUGAUUGAAUCAGAAGUGUUGGGAAGCUCUGUGUCCACCUACGUAUCGGUUGACCCUGCCACAGGUGCAGUAUAUGCCCUUCGCAGUUUCAACUAUGAAGUCAUGAAACAAAUUGAAAUGAGAAUCCAAGCUUGCGAUGGUGGCUCGCCACAGCUGUCCAGCAUUACAGUUAUUAGAUUAAAGACUGUAGAUCAAAACGACAAUGCACCAUUUAUCAUCCAUCCGCUUCCCAAAAAUGGGUCGGUAGAUGUCCUGGUACCCAGUUAUGCAACAUCUGGUUACCAAGUGACCCACAUUAAGGCUCGAGAUGUAGACGAAGGCAUUAACUCUGAGCUUUCCUACAGAAUUGUUCAGGACGAAGAACACGGACUUUUUGCUAUCAAUGCACUGACUGGAGACAUUUCCCUGACUCGAGACCUCAGCGGUGUGCUUGCAGAUGGUUUAAAACUUACCGUAGUGGUCACCGAUAGUGGCAGACCACCACUCUCAGUAUCCUGCACAGUCAACUUUAUUAUUACUGCAACAGCGCCACCGAAUGACGAAGCAGUUAUACAUACUCUAAAAGAUGAAGAAGACCGUUUUCUUCAGUGGGACAUCACACUGAUACUAAUAGUCGUGUUGGCUGGUAGCUGUACAUUACUCUUGGUGGCUAUUAUAGCAAUAGCUGCUACACGCAACAGACUCAGAAAAGAAAGCAAGACAAAAAAAGAAAGAGGAAGCCCACAUCUCGAUAUUAGUCCUUCAGUGCUGGCAAGACAAGAGGAAGACACGGUGAUGUCCAGUCACACGGGACUUGUGUUUGACGUGCCAUUUCCCACCAAGGUGUCAUUCUCCAGCGCAGAGUCCGCUACGGAAAUUGAGGAGCCAUCGUCCCAGGCCGAAGACGGCAAUGAGAGCUGUUGUCUUUAUGAAUCUCAGAGAAGACCACGAGCAGCUUGUAGUGAGGGUUAUUGUACCACCCCUGGGCUUGGCAAAGAUCCCCCACGGCAUGACACUCUAUGGAAAGGACACUCCUUCGGCGCCAUUCCCUCGCGUGACCUGGAAAAGUACAGCGGGAAAGAUAGUGGGAAAGGAGACAGUGACUUCAAUGACAGUGAUUCUGAGCUUGGCGGAGAUGCUAUAAAGAAGGAUGUCAUUAUCACCCGAGCACAAAACGGGUUAUGGGCUUGCACGAGUGAGUGCAAAGUUCUGGGACAUUCUGACCGCUGCUGGAGCCCCUCCUUCAGUAAAGCCCCCAGUCAGUCUUCCGUGUCUCAGUCGUCACACCUUUCCACUUUUUCAAAGACUGCAUCUCUGCCCCGUGACCAUUUAAGAAGAGAACACUAUUAUCAGGCGCACAUUCCUAAGACAACAGGUUUGCAAAGUGUGUACGAGAAGGUGUUGCAUAGGGAAUAUGACCGCCAGAUGGCACUGGUGUCCCCUCCGCGCCUCGUGAGGCUUCAGGAGCUCCAUGAACUCGAUGCGUCCCGGUAUAAAACAAAUACCGACAGGUACAUGCAACCUCAAGUAGUGAUCAGCAGUGAAGAGAUGUGAACUCUCUGUGCCAUUUCAUCCAGAUUAAUAUAUUAAGUUAUAUAUAAUUUCCUGUAAGAAACACCAAUGAAUGGAUUGUGCCUUACGAGUGUAGGUUGUAUAAGGCUGGGACUUAUUUGUAGUUCGUGGUUUGCAGCCAAAAAUAAUCAUUGUACAGACAUUUGUUUCUGCCAUACAGUAUAUAUUUUAGUCCUAUAUAUGUGUGGAGUCAUUCUCACCAACAGAAAGUCAACGUGUAUGUUGUUUCUCAGUUAUAGGUGCAUGUGAAUGAAUACUGUAUAUACACUUGUAUAUAAUCAAAAAUAAAUAUGCAUAUAUUUUUAUAAAUAAAUAUAAACUUAAGUAUAAUAUUGCAACAAUAAGUGUCUUGAAGACAUACACGCCUUUGUUUUAAAAUAAAACAUGUAUAUAGCAGUAUACUGCUCAUACAAAAUAUUUGCUAUAUUGCAUUAUGACAUAUCAGUAUGAACAGGUUAUUUUAUAGGGCCUCUGUAUUUAAAAUGUUUUGUAAACAUGAUAUCUAAGCGGUUUAUAAAUGUGGCAUUCUAAUUACAUUAUGUAAAUUGUUUUCACUGAAGUGAUAUGUGUAUGGUUUGUGUGUGUGUGUGUGUGUGUGUGUGUGUGUGUGUGUGUGUGCGCGCAUGCGCGGGGAGCAUGAAAAUGAGAUACAAAGAAACAAACAGUGCCUAUGAGUGUAUAUUUAUAUUAUGUAAAUAAAUAAAACUCCAGAUUUGAUGUCA